AUGGCUGAACCGACGCAGCUGGCUUACCGCACUUUGAAGGGCAUUGGUGUCCUGAACGCCGCCCCGACCUACGACGACCUCCCGGGCUUCCAGAAGCCCGAGGGCAACCUUCGCUGCUGCUGCUAUUCUCCUGACGGCAAGUACUUUGCCUGGGCGUCACCGGAACAGGUCUCCGUCAUCGACGCCGCGACCGGACAUGUCGCUACCACGCUGCCCGCAGAGAACGUCUUCGAGCUCGGCUUUUCGCCCUUGGGCACUUACAUCAUCACCUGGCAGCGUCCUUCGAAGGACGAGAAUGGAGAUGCUGUCAAGAACUUGAAGGUCUGGAGGACUAUCGACGACGGCGCCGGAGCUGAGGGACAGAGGAGUGUUGUCGGCCAGUUUGUGCAGAAGAACCAGACUGGCUGGAAUCUGCAAUACACGAGCGACGAGCGCUUCUGUGCCCGCUGCGUCACGAACGAGGUUCAGUUCUAUCAGAGCGGCGACCUGAGCACUGUCUGGAACAAGCUUAGGGUUGAGGGCGUCACCGACUUCGCUGUCUCGCCGGGCAAGAACCAUUCGGUUGCUGUUUUUACCCCCGAGCGCAAGGGUCAACCCGCCAGCGUCAAGGUUUUCCUUGUGCCGCAGUUCCAGUCGCCCGUUUCGCAAAAGACUUUCUUCAAGGGCGACAAGGUGCAGAUGAAGUGGAACAACCUUGGCACCAGUGUCAUUGUGCUUGCUCAGACCGACGUUGAUAAGACCAACAAGAGCUACUAUGGAGAGACGAACAUGUACAUUCUCAGCGCUAACGGUGGAUUUGAUGCGCGCAUCACGCUUGACAAGGAGGGUCCUAUCCAUGACGUAACCUGGUCGCCCAACUCGAAGGAGUUCGGCGUCGUCUACGGAUACAUGCCGGCCAAGACCACCAUCUUCAACCAGCGUGCAGUUGCCACGCACAACUUCCCUCUUGGUCCGCGUAACACCAUCCUCUUCUCGCCUCAUGGCCGCUUCGUUCUUGUCGCCGGCUUUGGAAACUUGGCUGGUCAGAUGGACAUCUAUGAUCUGGAGAAGGAUUACGCCAAGGUCUGCACCAUUGAAGCAUCCAACUCUUCGAUUUGCGAGUGGAGCCCGGAUGGAAAGCACAUCUUGACGGCUACCACCAGCCCGCGCCUUCGCGUGGACAACGGCAUCAAGAUCUACCACGUUACCGGUGGCCUCCAGUACUUCACCGAGUUCAGCGAGCUGUACCACGUUACCUGGCGUCCUCAGUCAAUUGCUCAGCACCCGUUGGAUAACCCGCUUGGUUCGAUUCCGACCCCUCACGAAUCUGCUGCCAAGUUCCUGGCUACUGUGAAGGCUCCUACCAAGCCUGCCGGUGCGUACAGGCCCCCAGGUGCUCGUGGCACCAGCACGCCUCUUCAUUUCAAGCGCGAGGAUGAAGGUGGUGCUGCGUACAUCAACACAGGUAUCUCUUCUACCAGUGGCAACAUGAACGGACCCGGUUUUGGCCGUAACCGCCGUGUUGUUCCUGGUGCAGAGGAGCAUGUCCCGGCAGGCGCCGCUCCUGGUGGAGGUGUCAGCCUCAUGGGUACUGGCGAAGGUGCCGACGAGGGACUGUCCAAGGCUGCUUUGAAGAACAAGAAGAAGCGUGAGGCCAAGAAGGCGAAGGAGGCUGCUGAGAAGGCAGCUGGUCUCAAUGCUGGACAGCAGCAAGCCAACGGAACCGGCCCUGACCGCAAGGCCCGCAGCCACUCGCGCAACCGCUCUCGCAACUCGCAAGAUGGCCGCGCUCCUUCCCAGAACCGUCGCGGCAACAACCAGCAGAACCGCAAUGGCCAGGGCCCCGGCCAGAAUGGUCAGCGCAACGCCGCUCCGAUCCAGACUCAGCAGCCCGCGCAGCAAGCUGCUGCCGCCGCUCCGGAGGUCACGGUCACUUCGCCCGUCGGUACCUCGCCUCAGGACAAGAAGAUCCGGUCGCUGAUGAAGAAGCUCCGCGCCAUCGACGACCUGAAGAUGCGCCAGGCGAACGGCGAGAAGCUCGAGGAUACGCAGGUUAAGAAGAUCAACACCGAAGACUCGAUCAAGAAGGAGCUGGAUGGGCUCGGUUUCCACGGUUGA